UCACCUCAGCCCGAUCAAAGGCUUUCAGAAAAUACUCCACUGUGUGCUUUCCAGCAGGGGCACCACUAUGGCUACAGUCACUAUGACAGAUCCCACAGAGGUCAUUUGCCUACUUUUAUGACUCUGGGUGAAAGAGUGAGAAUGAGAGGUGAGGCAGGAAGCGACACAGAGACAGGCUUGCUUUUUAUUCUGUGUGAGUAAACAAAAAAGAAAAACCCAAAAAAUCCUCACAAACCUUCCGUCUGUCCGCCGGAUCUAAGACGCACUGAUGGGUGAGGACCGCACAGCUUGGAGGGUUUAUUAAGUGGGCCAGUUGCCAUAGCGACUCUUCGGCAGGAUAUUGCCAGGAUAAGCUGUAAUGGGUCUCCUGACGCAGUUCUCCCUGCUCUUGUGGAAGAACUUCACUCUCCGGAAGAGACAAAAGGUGCGGCUGCUGGUUGAGAUCCUGUGGCCUCUCUUCCUGUUCGUCAUCCUGGUGGCCGUCAGAACCACCACCAAGCCCGUUAACAAAGGACAAUGUCACUACCCAAACAAAGCCAUGCCGUCAGCUGGCCUUCUGCCCUGGCUCCAAGGUAUGAUGUGCAACAUUGACAACCCCUGCUACAACGAUCCGACGCCAGGAGAGACGCCAGGCCAAGUCAAUAACUUCAACAACUCCAUAGCGUCUCAGAUCCUGAUUAAUGUGCAAAACCUCCUGCUGGAACUAUCAAAUGGGCAAGGAUACCUGGAGUCCAAAGCAGAUGUGUUGGUGAACUCCACCAAUAAAGCACUGAAGUCCUUGGACUUCCAAAACGACCCGAUCGGAAGUUUUUCCAUGUUUCUGUGCGGAAAGAAGCCGAGCUUCAACUCCACCUUCCGAUUCCCAACAUCUGACCAACAGGAUACAAUGAAUUCCUCCUUCCAAAAUAGCCAAGAUUCCGAUCCCUUUUGUACAACUUUAAUCGACACUAUGGUGACCACACCUAGCAUGCAGUUUCUUUGGAAAAACUUCAGGCCGCUGUUGAAAGGGAAAGUCCUCUACACGCCUGACACGCCUGCUGCUCGCCUCCUGGUGGAAGAAGCUAAUGCCACAUUCAUGGCCCUGGCUGCAAUAAAGGAAUUUGCCGAUUCGUGGGGUGAAGACGGACCGUUUGUCUGGGGCUUUGUGGAAAACGGCACUGCUGUGGUGAACGAGAGCUCUGCGAACUCCAAUAACUCCAGCACAGACACUCCACCCACUUCAGAAGAUGCUUAUAACGACCUUACACACUUCCUGAAGUUACUUUCCAAGGUCCUCGGGUGCUUUGAGCUGAAUAAGUUUGAGGCGGUUCCCACUGAAUAUGAACUGGUGACCGAAGCCCUGGAGCACCUGAAGAACGAUACCUUCUGGGCGGGGAUUGUCUUUGAAAAUCUUCAACCGAAUUCCAGCAGCAUUCCGCCCUACCUCAAGUACAAAAUCCGCAUGGACGUCGAGGAGGUGCAGCGAACGGACAAAGUGGAAAACAGGUUAUGGUCUCCUGGAGCUAAUGACAACCCAUAUGAGAACCUACGCUAUAUUUGGGGAGGCUUCGCCUACCUGGAGGACAUAAUAGACCAUGCCAGCAUCCGACUCCAAACAUCGACGAGUCAACCGCUCGGUGUCUAUGUCCAGCAAAUGCCAUAUCCCUGCUACGUAGAUGACCCCUUCAUACAGAGUAUUGGCGCCAUUCUCCCCAUGUUCCUCAUUCUGGCUUUCAUGAGCUCCGUGGCCAUGACCAUCAAAGGCCUGGUGCUGGAGAAGGAGCUCCGGCUUAAGGAAGUACUGCGUGGCGUUGGCAUUCAAAACGGUGCCCUGUGGUCGUCAACGUUCACAGAAACCAUGAUUCUGCUCACAGUUCCCUGUGUGCUCAUGAGUGUCAUGGUUAAGUACGGAAAAGUCCUGCAGUACAGCGACCCCUCUGUCGUCUUUAUCUUCCUCCUGGUGUUUUGCCUCUCCACCAUCUCUGAGUGCUUCUUGAUUAGCGUCUUCUUCUCCAAAGCCAACUUAGCAGCAGCGUGUGGCGGCCUCAUCUACUUUCUCCUCUACCUGCCCCAUGUUCUGUGCUACGCAUGGAGGGAUGUCAUGGGCUUUCAGGCCAAAGUUGGAGUGAGUCUACUGUCAUGCGUGGCCUUUGGCUACGGCUGCGAGAACCUCUCCAAGUUUGAGGAGCAAGGCGUUGGGAUUCAGUGGCACAACAUCGCUACGAGUCCAGAGGAAGGACAGCGCUACACCUUCAUCGUCUCUAUACUGAUGAUGCUUUUAGAUGCUGCCAUAUACUGGGUGCUCACCUGGUACAUUGAGAACGUUUUUCCAGGUCAAUAUGGAAUCCCUAGGCCGUGGUACUUCCUCUUCACUUAUUCUUAUUGGUUCGGAAAAACAUCAGUUCCCGAGGACAUCCCAGAUAACUUUAAGCUGCUGAAACGCUCCAGUGUACCAAAUGAAUUUUUGGAGAAACCAGAUCCUAACAUGAAGGCUGGGGUUUCCAUCCGUAACCUUGUCAAAAUCUAUAAGACUGGGAAGAAAGUGGCAGUGGACGGGCUGAGCGUGGACUUCUAUGAGAAUCAGAUCACAUCUUUCCUUGGCCACAACGGAGCAGGAAAAACAACUACAAUGUCAAUUCUGACAGGCUUGUUUCCACCUACUUCGGGAACGGCGCUCAUCAACGGCUACGACAUUCGCACCGACAUGGACAACAUUCGGAAGUAUCUGGGAAUGUGUCCUCAACACAAUGUCCUAUUUGACGAGCUGACGGUUGAGGAGCACAUAUACUUCUACGGGCGUCUGAAAGGACUCAACCCCAGCGAGCUUCAGACCGAGAUGGACCAGAUGAUUAAAGACGUCGGCUUAUUGCACAAGCGAAAAGACCUUGUUAAGAACCUGUCAGGUGGCAUGCAGAGAAAGCUGUCGGUGGCUAUAGCAUUUGUUGGCGGUUCAAAAAUUGUCUUCUUGGAUGAACCUACAGCAGGAGUGGACCCUUUUGCCCGCAGAGGUAUCUGGGACCUGUUGUUAAAAUACAAAAAAGGUCGAACGAUCAUCCUGUCCACACACCACAUGGACGAGGCCGACAUCUUGGGCGAUCGCAUUGCCAUCAUCUCCCACGGGAAGAUGCGUUGCUGCGGCUCCUCCAUCUUUCUGAAGAAGAGCUUUGGCAGCGGUUACUACCUCACGCUGGUCCGAAGCGGCACAGAGGUCAUGACGGCGCAGAGAAGUGGCAUCAUCUCUGGCAUCGCAGAGGAGAAACCAACUGAGUCAGACUGUCCUUCCAGUAGCAGCCUGGAUGAAGAUCGUGGGUGUCAAAGCUCGGACAACUCAAAUCCAACAGAUCUGAAGCAUGUGACUCAGUUUGUGAGGAGGCAUGUUCCCGAGGCGGUGUUCCUGGAGAGCAUCGGUCAGGAGAUCACCUUCAUUCUGCCCUACGCCAGAGCCAGAGAUGGGACCUUUGCCACGCUCUUCCAGGAGCUUGACAAAGUCAUGGACAAACUGGGCUUGACCAGCUAUGGUGUCUCUGACACCACGCUGGAAGAGAUAUUUCUUAAAGUAGCAGAAGACACGGGAGUCGACAAAGAACUAUCACCAACAAAGGAGCCAGUGGUGAAAGACUAUAAAAAAGACUCCAGAGAAUCCAAGAGGAGGAGCAUGUCCAGGUUUCAUGGCAAAGCAGCCAAAGGCAACACGAAGGAUGAGUUAAAGAAAAAGUUGUCCAAUAAAGUAGAAGACUUUAAGAAGAGCGCCAGUGUCAACGGAAGGGGAUCUGUGGUCAUCACCGGAUGGAAGCUCAUCAGACAGCAGUUCCUGGCGCUCUUCAUCAAACGCUUCCACCACGCCCGACGAAGCCGCAAGGGACUCAUUGCCCAGGUGGUCCUUCCUGCUAUUUUUGUAUGCCUGGCUUUGGUCUUCUCCCUCAUCGUGCCGUCGUUUACUGACUAUCCAAGCCUGGAGCUCCAGCCGUGGAUGUACAACUCCCAGACCACAUUUUAUAGCAACGACAUGCCAGAGGAUGCGAAUGUAUCUCGGGUGGUGGAAACUUUGGUAGACAAUCCUGGAUUUGGUACGCGCUGCAUGGAAGGAAACCCCAUACCGCGACUGCCGUGUUCCUCCGGCGCCUCUGAUUGGUUCUCUCCUUCUGUGGAUCAGUCAGUUGCUGACAUCUUCCUCAACGGGAACUGGAGCAUGUCUAACCCCUCUCCCUCGUGUCAGUGCAGCACUCCCGGGCGGACCAUCAUUAUGCCUGACUGCCCGCCUGGUGCAGGGGGACUCCCUCCACCUCAGAGAGUACAGAACACAACGGACACCUUACUUAACUUAACUAGCAUAAACAUGACAGACUUCUUGCUGAAGACAUAUGAGCACUCAGGAAAAAAAAGAUAUGGCGGCAUCUCAGUCGGAGGCAUCAACUCCCAAGUCCUUUUGACUGAGGUUGAAAUCGAGGAAGCCUUCGCGAACCUAGAACCACCUGGAUAUGGGGACACUAUCCAGAAGGCAGAGAUGGUGCUGAAGAAGCUGGGGACCAGAAACAACGUGAAGGUGUGGUUCUACAACAAAGGAUGGCACAGCAUGGUCUCCUUCCUCAGUGUGGUUAACAAUGGCAUCCUAAGAGGGUACCUACCAGAGGGGCAGAAUCUCCGCCAGUACGGCCUCUCCGUGUCAAAUCACCCCCUCAACCUGUCCAAGGAGCAGCUGUCUUUAUCCGCCAUGGCUUCAACUUCCUCUGACGUGGUGGUGUCCAUCUGUGUCAUCUUCGCCAUGUCCUUCAUCCCCGCCAGCUUCGUUCUCUUCCUCAUCCAGGAAAGGGUCAGCAAAGCCAAGCAUCUUCAGUUCGUGAGCGGCGUAAACCCGACGGUCUACUGGGUCGCCAGUUUUGUCUGGGACAUAUGUAAUUACGUCAUCCCCUGCUUUCUCGUGGUUGGGAUCUUUAUCUGCUUUCAACAAAAAGCCUACGUUUCCCCUCAAAACCUGCCCGCACUGAUUCUACUGCUUGUUAUGUAUGGGUGGGCCAUCACCCCCAUGAUGUACCCAGCUUCAUUCAUCUUCACGGUGCCUAGCACGGCGUACGUGGUGCUGACCUGCCUCAACCUCUUCAUCGGCAUUAACGGCAGCGUGGCCACCUUUGUCAUGGAGCUCUUUGAGGAUGAAAGCAUCACCAAAAUCAACAACAUCGUCAAGCAGGUGCUGCUGAUUUUCCCUCAUUUCUGUCUGGGCAGGGGACUCAUGGACAUGGCGAGAAAUCAGGCCAUGGCGAACGUUUUUAGCAACUUUGGUGAAGAUCGUUUUGAAGACCCUUUGAGCUGGAACAUGGUGGGAAAAAACCUGAUUGCCAUGUCCAUUCAAGGAGCUGUCAUGUUCGCAUUUACCCUCCUAAUCCAGUACAAGUUCUUCUACAAACCGAGGCUCUCUCUGCCAAAGGUCCAAUCGGAGGAGAAGGAGGAUGUUGAUGUUGCCCGGGAACGCCAGCGGGUGCACGAGGGCCGAGCUAACAACGACGUGCUGAGGAUCUGUGACCUCACAAAGGUUUACCCCCGGAAGAGCACCCCGGCUGUGUACCGGCUGUGUGUGGGCGUACCUGCCGCAGAGUGCUUCGGCUUGCUGGGGAUAAACGGAGCUGGGAAAACUACCACGUUCAAGAUGCUGACAGGAGACAUCCCAGUCUCUAGCGGAGAGGCCUUUCUAAAUGGAUACAGCAUCCGGACCCAAAUGGGUGACGUUCACCAAAACAUGGGCUAUUGUCCUCAGUUCGACGCCAUCAACGACCUGCUGAACGGACGGGAGCAUCUGGAGUUGUACGCCCGCCUCAGAGGAGUACCAGAAGAGGAGGUUGCCAUGGUGGCAGAGUGGGGGAUCCAGAAGUUGGGGCUGGUCAAAUAUGCCAAUAAGUCGGCGGGAACUUACAGCGGCGGGAACAAGCGCAAACUUUCCACGGCGAUGGCUCUGAUCGGAUGCCCCCCUGUGAUUUUCCUGGACGAGCCAACCACCGGGAUGGACCCUAAAGCUAGGCGUUUCCUGUGGGACUGCAUAUUGAGUGUCAUCAAAGAGGGCCGUUCGGUCGUCCUCACGUCACACAGCAUGGAAGAAUGUGAAGCGCUGUGCACCCGCAUGGCUAUCAUGGUUAAUGGCCGCUUCCAGUGCCUUGGGAGCAUACAGCACUUGAAGAACAGAUUCGGCGACGGCUACACGCUGAUUGUGAGGGUCGGCGGCUGUCCUCCUGACCUGAAGCCAGUCGAAGACUUUGUUGAGGAAACUUUCCCGGGCACCGUUCUCAAGGAAAAACACCACAACACGCUGCAGUACCAGCUCCUGUCCCAGGAGGGAGCCUUGGCUAAAAUCUUUACUGAGCUCACCGACCAUCAGCAGGAACUGGGCCUGGAGGACUACUCGGUGUCCCAGACCACUCUGGAUCAGGUGUUUGUGAAUUUUGCGAAGGAGCAGCACGACGAGGAAGACCUUCAGGCCCAUGACAACCCCGUGGACCUCUCCGAUGAGUUCCCGCUGAAGAAAGUGGAGACCGUUUCAGCAGCCAAUGAGGUUUCCUGGUUAAAGCCAGACGAUGCACUUUUCAAGGCUCAGCAAUAAAUCUUAAAAAAAGUCCAAAUGGCCGCCAUCCUUCACGGGCAUCAAUAUUGACAAUCUAGCCCUGAAGUUCAAAGUUCAAACACAUCCAGACCUAAACAAUGGAUGUUGUCUACGUUUUUAUAUGAGGCUUUUGGCUUUGGUGUGUGUGCAUGGUUACAAUUGACUGUCACCGGCGACCGCAACAUAACAAACUCUCUUUGAACGAUUCAACGUUUUUUUGCAGCUAAUGCAAUUUCAACGGAUACUUCUGAGACAAUCUCCGUCUACUUUGAUCGUGUAAACACUUCACUCCUGGAAAGUGUUGCACAUCAGAGCAAAGCUGUUAUUCUCGGCUUCCAAAUCAACUGGAAAUGUGUUAAGUGCGAAAAGGUCUGAAGAGUUACGACAGUUGAAAGACUGUCACGAAGGGAUGUAUAGCUGACCCUGCCUUUUUGUUUGUAACUCUUAGAUCGUAAACGAAAUCCCCACCCAAUCCUUGGCAUCAGAAUAAGCUGAUUUAUCUUGAUUGCAUUAACAUUUUACUCUUGUAGUGUUGCUUGUCUGCACUUCAAGAUCCACCAGAUUUACCUCAGUUGCUUAAAGAGUGAAAGAAUUACGAUAGUUAUAGAACGUCAACACAAUCCAUUGCUGGUGACAGCUACUUAAUAUACGCUUUCUGAAGUACCAAAAUUCUUCAACAUUUCUCUCAACUAGCGUAAUUCCAAAAGAUUUCUCCGCGUCUGAAUCGCCUGGUUCACGUCACGUGAGUAAACCGUUCACUACCGAAAAGUGCUGCACUUUAGCGCUAAGCUGCUUUUGAAUCCGUUGAAAUUACGUUAUUUGCGUAAGCAGUUGAAGAGUUACAGUAGUUUAAAGAAUGUCAACACUAUAGCUAAAACUCUGGGGUUAAAAGGUUAAGGAAAAAAGACCCUUACAUAUAAUGCUGGUGCCCAAAAUGUUACGAUUUUGCAAUUUUGAAAAAUACGGAAAUAAAAAAAAAAAUGUGCAUUUUAAACUAGCAUUUUUUUGUUUUUUGCCAUUUGGACUUGUUCAAAGAUAUAGCGCUGGUCAGUGAGUACCUCAGCAGAAAUGGAAAGGCCAAAUUAGUCACGUAUAACAUUUUGCACACCACCUUUGAAACUUGACCCGAGUUUUUUUUGUUUUUAAACCAUUCGAGUUAAUUGAUAAUGAAUAGAAACUAAUGUCGUUUUGGCUGUAGGACUACAUUCUGACCAUUUGGUUGAUUUAAAUCUGACUUUGUUUUUCUCUGUUAGCAUUCAGAUUGACACUCAGACUUAUAUAUUUAAUAUAAAUGAAUGCACUGAUGUGAAAUAUUCAUUUUUAUUCUCUAUUGUUUUUUUUUUUGCUUAUUUCUGCACUUUGUAAAUGUACUUUUGUACCAGUGCCAAACAAAAACUCUCCCUUUUGUGCACACAAACCAAUCACACAUUUUGCUAUGAUGCAUUAACAUUUUUAUACACGAGGCAGAUCAAACAAUGCAUACCCUAUGACUGCAAUACCCAUGAUGCCUGGGAGCCAAGGUGAUUGGUCAGAAGUUUUUCUAUCAAACUGUGUUGAUCUUGAUGCCUUUUGUCUGCAACAAUAGAGAGCAACAUAACGUUUAACAUUGUUCAGUUGUAACACAUAAAAUACAAAACAUAUGUUGAAGUACAGUACAUAUCACUCCACCAGGCUCUUGACUACUUUAUCCAUAAUCCUCCAAUCUGUCAACUAGUUCCAGGUCAAUAAACACAACCAGAAGUCAUAGACGAGACCAGGGAUCUGCAACUAUGGCCUCGAGGGCUGGCGUGUCUGCAUCAUGUCCACAUACAGCACUACUCAUGACUGAUCACCUGACUCAGGCGUGUCCAGCCAAGUAGAACAUGCCUGAGCGGGGAUAGUUGCCCAUCUCUGCACCAGAUUAUAGGGCGAAUUGUUGACUUUUUUUUUUGAGAGAGUCAAAGGACUUUGGGUUCACCUUAUGGUCUGAAAAACACGAUUCCUUUUAAAUAAAUAAAUUCAUCCUAACAACUCAUCAAUUAAUGAUUCUACCCAGCAGCACUAUGGUUGGUAAUUGAGUCACAAAAUUUAGAUCUCUGAGGGAAUUUCCAACAUUAAAAGGGCUUUUUCAAUACCAAGAAGUACAUUUCGCCAUCAAAGUGUUGAACAUUUCUUCUCAAUUUACCAACAAUGCACUUUGUUUUCUCCUCCAUCUUUUACUCAUGUAUAUCCAAUUUAUAAUCAUUGUUAUUUUAUUGUUAUAAUCAUUGUUAUAAACUAAAUUUCCCUUCCGGGAUUAAUAAAGUUGCUCUUGAAUCUUGAAUUUAGGGCAAACUUUUUGCUGGUUUUACUUGCUGUUGAGCAUUAAAGCAGUCUGCAUUUUGAUAUUUGCACUUUGUCUUUGAAAACUUGCUUCUUUGUACCACAAGCUUUUUGCUUUGUAUGCAAAUCUUUUUCAAAUCAUAUACAAUCUUUUCCCAAAUAUUUUUAUUGUGAUAAAAACCACUUAGUCAGAACAAGACAUCUGAGAUUUGCACAAAUUGUAAUGCUGCAUCCCUGAAUAAAUGUUUACUCACCCUU